AUGGAAGCCGAUGGUGAUGGCCUCGAACCCACCGCACAUGAGGAGAGCACACUCCGCCGAGUGGCCGAUACGAUCCCAGCCUCGGCCUGGCUGGUAGUCGUAGUUGAGUUCUGUGAACGCUUCACGUACUAUGGUCUUUCGGGCCCCUUCCAGAACUACAUCCAAUACCCUUACACAGAUCAGCGUGGAGCUGAUCACCCUGGUGCCAUUGGCAAGGGCCAGCAGACCGCCACGGCAUUGAACACCUUUUUCCAGUUCUUUUGCUAUGUCACACCCAUUCUCGGUGCCAUCGUAGCGGAUCAGUACCUCGGCAAAUACAAGACUAUCUGCGUCUUCUGCGGUAUCUACAUGCUCGGAGUCCUCGUCCUGGUCCUCACCUCCAUCCCACCCGCCAUCCUUGCCAAUGCCGCCCUUCCCGGUCUAAUCGUCGCUAUGAUCGUCAUCGGUCUUGGCACCGGCGGUAUCAAGGCCAACGUCUCGCCCAUGGUCGCAGAACAAUACCAGGGAACCAAAGCUACCGUCAAGACCCUCAAAUCCGGCGAAAAGGUCAUUGUCGAUCCUCAGGUCACGGUCCAAUCGAUCUUCAACUGGUUCUACUGGGCCAUUAACCUCGGCUCUCUCUCCGCUAUCAUCACGACCAACGCCGAAAAGUACUACGCUUUCUGGCUCGCCUACCUCAUCCCCCUGAUCAUGUUCAACGGUGCCAUCUUUGCUCUCUGGGUUGGUCGCAAUAAGGUCGUUAAGACCUCUGCCCGUGGUUCUGUCAUUCUCGAGGGCUUCCGCGUCUUUGGAAUUGCCCUCCGUAACGGUCGCAGCCUCGAUGCUGCCAAGCCCACGGUGAUGAGGACCUCCAAUCCCAAUGCAGACAUGAAAUCUGUCACCUGGGACGACAUCUUCAUUGACGAGCUGCGUCUGACCCUCAAGGCCUGCUCCGUCUUCUGCUUCUUUCCCCUGUACUGGGUCAUCUACAACCAGAUCACCACCAACCUGACCUCCCAAGCCGGCACCAUGCUCCUCUACGGAAUCCCGAACGACGUUGUCAACAAUAUCGAUCCCAUUGUCUUGAUCAUUUUCAUCCCCAUUUUUGACAAAGUCAUCUACCCGGGCUUCCGUAGAAUGGGUCUCGAGCUCAAGCCCAUCACCCGUAUCUCCCUCGGCUUCUUGUUCUCGGCCCUGGCCAUGGCCUGGACUGCGAUUGUGCAACACAAGAUCUACAUCACCGGACCCAAUUACGAUUGCACCCUUUGCGACCCAGACCAGACCCCGAACAACGUCUCGAUUGCCUGGCAGAUCCUCUCGUACUUCUUCAUCGCCAUUUCCGAGAUCUUUGCCUCCAUCACCGGUCUCGAGUUUGCAUUCACGAACGCGCCCGCGACCAUGAAGUCCGUCGUCAUGGCCAUCUUCUUGUUCACGAACUGUGUCGGUGCCCUCUUGGGAUUCGCCUUCUUGCCCAUGACCAAGGAUCCUUUGCUGCUGUGGAUGUACACCGGAUUGGGUUGUGCUGCCUUCUUGAUCUCCAUCGUCAUUUAUUAUCUCUUCCACGAUUACGAUAAGACCAUGCGUGCUGACAAAAUGGCUCUCCAGGCUAAGUACGAUAUGAGAGAUCUCUAG